UUGAAGAUAACAAGAUAAAUAAGAAAGUAGUAUCAAAGUCAAAGUGUAGUAUAUUGGUUGUAAAUAACAAAUAGGAUGUAUUAAUACGUCAUAUGAUGUUGAAAUUACCUCACUAUAUCUAAAAAUAGAAAAUAGAAGCAACCACUUGUUGAUUUUCGUAAUUUUAAUAUAACAUUACGUUAUAUUGAUUAGAGGUUUAACAUUUAUUCCAGGAAAGAAUGCAGAAAAGCCCAUUAGAACAAUGGUUCGAAAAUCUCCCAUCGCGAAACGCGUCUAACAAUACUCAAAGAAGAAUUUCUUUACUUAAUAAUACUGGUAAAUCUCUUUCUAGAGAUUUUUCAUUCCAUUCUGACGACGGAACUAGUCACUGUUCUAGUGUAGAGUCUUUUCUAGAGUUGCGAAGACCAGAUCCUGAAGAAGUACUACUGGAACUUGGAUUUGGUCCAAAUAAGAAUUCUGAAAAGAUAAAUCGUAUACCAGCUAGAUUUCUUCAACCUUCUAAGUUAUUGCCACAUAUUGACUUAAACAAAUUUUUAGAGGACAAUGGUGCAAAAGUUCCAGACUCACAGUCUAAUCCACCUACACCAUCCAGAACACGACCAAGAUCAAACUGAUAAAAUUUUUAACAAACGACGAAAAAAUAAUUGACAAUCAAUUGAUCAAUUUUUUUGAACAUAAAACAGCUACUAUUUACUUAUAUCUUAUAUUUUUUACGCUUAUAUCUUCAACAAAAAAUGGAACUGAGCAUUUUUCGAUAGAAUUUUAACCUAUUUCCAUAUACUUAGGUUAUUUAUGUAAAAAGAUUGUAAAUGAAGAUUUACGAUUGGGACGAGUCAGGUUGCUAAGCUAUAAUACAUGGGACCUUGUGCUGAUGGGUGAUAUAGAAUGUAAUAUGUGUGUAUUUGAAGAAACGGGUCAUUUAAAGUUAGUACAAUAGGUACUUACGGUACCUUAAGGUAAGGUAUCUUAUAGGUACUUAAGAAUUACUUAAAACUUAAACAUUUGGAGUUAUCUAUAUUAUCUGGUGUUACAGAAGAAUCCUACGAAUAUCAUGGAUUCAAAGAAUAUCAAACAUGGAAGUAAUUAGAAGGAUAGGAAAUGAGGCGGAAAUAAUAUUAAC